AUUACAAAAGGAACCAAAAAUCAAGAUCCGAAUUCAAGCUGAAGCGUUUGUUAAAAUAGAGAUCCAAAGCUGAAAGCCAUUUCUCCGUCUCUUCAACUCCUUUGCACUUCACACACAAAUCCUUGGUUCUUCAAUCUCCUUGCUUGCUUCCUCAAAUCAUGGAGUCUUGUCCUUCAAUAAAAAAUAUUCUCCUGUUGGAUUCCGAGGGGAAACGUGUGGCUGUCAAGUAUUACUCUGAUGAGUGGCCAACAAAUAGUGCAAGGGAAACUUUCGAGAAAGCUGUCUUUAGCAAAACUCAAAAGAGCAAUGCUCGAAAUGAAGCGGAGAUUGCAAUGUUUGAAAACAAUAUUGUCAUUUACAAGUUUGUGCAAGAUCUACAUUUUUUUGUCACUGGUGGGGAAUAUGAGAAUGAGCUUAUUUUGGCAACAGUUCUUCAGGGAUUUUUCGACGCUGUUGGCCUUCUCCUUAGGGGUCACGUGGAAAAGAAGGAAGCACUUGAAAACUUGGAUCUUAUUCUGUUGUGUCUUGAUGAAAUUGUUGAUGGAGGUAUUGUUCUUGAGACCGAUGGAAAUGUCAUUGCUGGGAAGGUUGCAACUCAAAGUAUAGAUUCUUCAGCUCCUUUGUCUGAGCAGACAAUAAGUCAAGCACUGGCCACUGCACGAGAACAUCUGACGAGAUCUCUUCUUACAUAAUACAAAUGCUGAUGGGAAGGAGCAUGGAGAAAGUAUCUUUAUGGCAGUAUCCUUCGAUCCGGCUAUAAUGGUCCUAUACGACACUUCAUAUUUCAUUGGAGUUGCUUUUUUUUUUUAAUUUACAUGGACUAUCUCUCGCCACAUUGGAAGUUCCAGCUUAGUUGAACGAGGAACUUUUUCUUUUUACCAUUUUUCCGAUAAGUAGGGCAUAUUAAAUUUGUUUCGUGUCAGAUCAAGUUGGAUGAUAGUGGCAUAUUAUCCACUCAUUGAUUUAAAUAUGAGCAUGCAUUACCCUUGAAUCA